GUCCGGAUGUGGCCACUCAGGGGCGGAACCUUAGGAAGCGGAGCCCGUUGCGACUCGGAGCGGAUUUAGAGGAGGACCCUCCUUUUCCUUCCCUUCCCGGCCGCUUGGGCGAAGAGAGCGUGAGCCUCCCCCGAGAGCCAUGCCUCAAAAUGAGUAUAUUGAGUUACAUCGGAAACGAUAUGGCUAUCGCUUGGAUUACCAUGAAAAGAAAAGAAAGAAAGAGGGCCGUGAGGCUCAUGAGCGCUCAAAGAAGGCCAAGAAAAUGAUUGGACUGAAAGCCAAGCUUUAUCAUAAACAGCGGCAUGCAGAGAAGAUACAGAUGAAGAAGACCAUUAAGAUGCACGAAAAGAGAAACACCAAACAGAAGAAUGAUGACAAGACCCCAGAAGGAGCUGUUCCAGCAUACCUGCUAGACAGAGAGGGCCAGUCCCGAGCAAAAGUUCUUUCCAACAUGAUCAAACAAAAGCGAAAAGAGAAAGCUGGAAAAUGGGAAGUUCCUGUACCCAAAGUCCGUGCCCAGGGAGAGACAGAAGUACUCAAAGUGAUCCGUACAGGAAAGAGGAAGAAGAAGGCAUGGAAGAGGAUGGUUACCAAAGUGUGCUUUGUUGGGGACGGCUUUACUCGCAAACCUCCAAAAUACGAGCGGUUCAUUCGACCAAUGGGUUUGCGAUUCAAGAAGGCCCAUGUAACACAUCCUGAACUUAAAGCCACUUUUUGUCUACCCAUCCUUGGUGUAAAAAAGAAUCCAUCUUCUCCCCUAUAUACAUCUCUGGGGGUAAUUACAAAAGGCACAGUCAUUGAAGUAAAUGUCAGCGAGCUUGGUCUUGUAACUCAAGGGGGCAAAGUAGUCUGGGGAAAAUAUGCACAAGUAACAAACAAUCCAGAAAAUGAUGGAUGUAUUAAUGCCGUUCUACUUGUAUAAGCAGCAUGUUUUGUCACAGCAGCUUUCCCAAGCAAGAAGGAAGACUGCCUCAGAAUACUCGUAGAAAAAGACCUUGUAUCAAAGCAUCAGCAGCUGAACAGAAAGGACUGGCUUUUCUUUUUCCUUUACAAAAAAUAAAGAACGCCAACUUGAACCAAA